AGGGAGAUAGAAAGAGAAAGCGAGCCAAGGGAGUAAGAAAGGCAACUAUGUGAGCAUAGCAGACGAAAGCAUACAGCUUUCCUAUUGCUCAGCAUUUUGUUCGAAGGCAGUGAAACUUCAAGCUGCUGGUACAGAUUACGUUGCUCGUUGUGCGUAUUGAAUAGAUUUGUGUAAUGUGAUGCUGAUUAGUGUGCGACACAACAGUGACGGCGCGCGCAGAAAGAUGUGUAGCAAUUGUGCCGACGAGCGCUAAUAUUACAACCAACUAGUGCUUGGUGGAUAACAUUCCAUGCAUCGCGAUCAGCAUCACAGAUGCUGCCACAAGUUCAUCUAGAAUCUUGCAUUUCUGUCGAACGCUCACUGUGCGUUAGUUCGACGAGUGAGUGAGUGCGCAUUAUAACCCAAGCAUAUCAACAAAAUUCCAUGGCUGAAGUCUGAUGAUCCAAGUGUGUGUGUGCGUGAACGGUUUGGUGCACCUCUUUUAGCUCUAUGUUUUGUCGCGGUCUCCAGUGACAUGAAACAUCGGGAAAGGAAGGAAGGACAAAUAUGAAUUGGGAAUGAAGAACUUUCGACGCCGAGCACAGCAUACUAUGAUUCAUAAUUAAAGACCAUUUUCGGGUCCGUUGAUCAGUGGUGCACUUAAAAGUGAUGCUUCUUGUGUGAUGAUUCAUCUAUUACUUGAAUUGCAGUGGGUGAUACAGUGCCAAUCACAGAGUUUUGACUUAUCGAACGAUAGUGAAAUUAGGCUGUAAAUGCGCCAAGUGGUGUGCUUAGCAUAAGUGUAAGCCAUAAUACGAGAAGCGCAACAACAAAUAUGGCUUCGGACACAUCGUUUUCCUCGUCGGCGGAUUCGACGCGCAGAAGAUCGACGUUUUAUGUGCCAUUGACUACAAGCCAAUCGUCGUCAUCUGGAGGCGGUACCGAGAGCAAAGAUGGCAACACAGACCAAGAGUUUACAGCAGAAAAGCGGGGCAAGCGGCCAGCAACCGGAACCUCUACAACAGAUGACAUCAAGCACGUUUCUAUGGAGAGCAUUUACCAUCCGGAUCUCAGUGUGUGCAGCUUUGCUUGGAGUUUGGAUGAUUCGGGUAACGACAAUUUGGAACCUGUGGCCGGUCCCAGUGACCAUGAGAACAAGCUUAAGCGAUACGGCGUGGUUCUGAACGCAAGUGUCAACAUAGACGACGAUGAAACAAAGUGCCAUCAGCAGCAGGCGUCGCGCAACCUGCAAUCCAACACAUCCACCCCGAUUCGAUUAGGGCAAUCGCGAAGCCGCAGUAAUAUCUUAUCCUCCAACCUGCAGCCGGGUGCUGGCGGCGUCUCGUCAGAAUCCGCCACCAGCCGUAGCGGUGUCAUCUAUGGUGUGAUGAAACAAGAACAAGUGGGAAACAAUCCGGUGCUGACAGCAAAGGAUAAAUCGAAAACUUUGCCACAAAACAUGUCCCUGGCCAGCUCUCUGCCCGCCAAGAGCUCAUUUUUACUUCAUUCCACGCCGCGCAUUUCGGCAAACAGCACUUUUGACACCAAACACUGUGGUAGCCUCGUAGGACUGUCUCCCGAACCGACAGCAGCAGCAGCAGCAGUUCCGGCGAUGCCUUCUAUGUUUAGUCCAAAAAAGUCGCUCAGCUUUAUACGGCGCACCCAUUCCACUAAACUUUCCAGGAGUAAUUCGUUGCUGAAAAGCCUUACCUCCAGAUGUGUCGAUCAGAGUGCGGCCAACGGAAGCCUGCUAGGAGUACCGGUGAAAGAGUUGGAUAACGAUCGUUUGUGUCGGAUAUUGGAACAGCCGGCAACGCUCGAUCAAAAGAUUAGAGACAUAUUUAUUUUGCACAAGGACGAGCAUGAGGAAGAAAAUGCUGUGCAUUCAGAUACUUCGUACGAGAAGGCGUGUCGUCGAGGGUCCGCCCCGAAUACACCUGUAAUGGGCCAAAAGGUCGAAUCAACGUCGAGAUUUACGAAUUUUUUCUCCAAGAGGUCCUUUCGAUCAAUUCCAUUAAAACGGACAAAAUCCGUUAUCAAGCUAGACCGCUCGAAACGGGGCCAGGGCGGAAUAAGAGGAUCGAGAUCGCACGAAAGUUUGCUGUCGAAUCAUACAGUGAUGUCUACGAUUGAUUUAUCUGGCGGUAACGGGACGAUCGAGGUAGUACCUGUCCAUGCAUCGGUGCUCGGUAGACGCCAUUGCUUUCAGGUGCGGGGAAUCGCACGCGGAGAACGCUACUACAGCUGUAGUACGCGGCAAGAACGGGAUCUGUGGAUAUACUGCUUGCGCAAAUCCAUCUCCCCGAACAAACACACCAUACGGCGGCUGGAUAACUCGCUGAAAAUGUGGAUCUACGAAGCAAAGGCACUGCCACCGAAAAAGCGCUACUUUUGUGAGAUUUACCUGGACAAAACGUUGUACGGCCGAACGUCGGUGAAGUUGCGAUCGGAUCUGCUGUUUUGGGGCGAAUUCUUCGAUUUCCCCGAUGUGCCAGGAGCGACCACUAUUACCGUGCACGUGUAUCGCGAGGCGGAUAAAAAAAAGAAGCGCGACAAGCACGUGCUGGUCGGUUCGGUUGCGAUUCCGAUAGAGAAAGUUAGUGCCCGAACGUUUACGGAAGAUUGGUACCAAAUCGUGAUGGAAAAGCAGGACACCAUUAUGAAAACCACAUCCAAAGAACCCACGCCAACGCUUAGAAUCAAAUGUCGAUAUCAAUCGAUUGACAUUUUACCUUUGGAGGCGUAUCACGAGUUCCAAGGCUUUUUGAAGGAACAUUACAAGAAAGUAUGCGAAGUGAUUGAGCCAAUUAUUGGCGUCAAAGCGAAAGAGGACAUAGGGCAGGCUUUGGUGCUGCUAAUGCAUUCCCAGGGCAUGGCUGCUGCCUUUCUGUCGGACGUUGUGGCGCUAGAUUUAUUGCGCGUUGACGAUCAGCGGUUGACGUUUCGCGGUAAUUCACUGGCCACGAAGAGCAUGGAAGCAUUCCUGAAGCUCAUCGGAGAACAGUAUCUACAGGACACACUGUCUGUGCCGAUUGCGGACAUCAUUGCAUCCGAUCGAGAUUGUGAAGUGGAUCCGACGAAGGUGCACGGUUCAUUAUCGCGCCAACAGCAAGCGCUUCGGAAGGCGGUAAAAGCGGUAUGGAUCGCAAUUGCCGAAAGUAGUAGAAUUUUUCCCAUGCAAUUGCGAGACUGUUUCGCCGUGUUUCGGGAGCGGCUGCAAGAUUUGAAUCGUGAAGAUAUGGCCGACAACUUGAUAAGUGCCUCUAUCUUUCUACGCUUCUUGUGUCCAGCCAUACUGUCGCCAAGUUUGUUUAACAUCACCAACGAGUUACCAUCAGCGCGUGCUACACGGAACUUGACCCUGGUUGCAAAGACACUGCAGACUUUAGCCAACUUUACACGUUUUCAAGGGAAGGAAAACUUUAUGGAGUUUUUGAACGAUUUUCUUGAACAAGAGGCACCUAGGAUGAAACAAUUCCUCUACGACAUAUCCUGUACAGACUGCGGCAACGAGGACAAUUUUCUCGAUUGGUCGGGAUGCAUUGACCAAGGCAAACAGCUGUCCAUUUUGCAUAGCUUGCUCUCCGAAAUAGUGCUGAAGCUUUCAGCAGAGAAACAACGUGAAAUUCACCCACUGCCAGCAAUACUUGAAUCGAUAACGAAAGCCAAGGAAACUAAUUGCACAAACGCAUCGAUCGAGAAUCUAGCUAGUGUUGGAAAAUCGCCGUACACUCACAACCGGGAACACUUGUUCACCAAAAACAUCGGCACUGCUGUACACGAUCAGCAGCUAGGUGCCGUGUCAUCAACGUUUGCAGGUCGAGACUUGGCCAUUUUCAAGUACGGAGAGCGCACGGCAGAAACACAACAUACGCUCACAUCGAAACAAACUACGCACUCGUCGAAUGGUUCACUGCACUAUUCGACGGGAGUUUCAAGCACUUCGUUAGUUACCAAUUCCAACCAGCUAAAUGAAGUUCCCGAUAAAGGUGGCAUUAGUCCGAUUACAACGAGCAAAAGUAACUUUAGCUACGCACAGCUGCACAGUAGUAGUACAAGAAUGAACAUCGGUGGUGGAACGAGCCUUCGAAAGUAUUCUAGCACCGGAGCAACGUCGGGCGGUGCUAUGACCAGUAUAACGACAAAUAGUCUGCGCUGCGAAAAGGAUAAAACGAGCAAUCUGCAGGGCGAUGUACGUGCAAGUACGUUGCCACGAUAUAACAACUACACAACAAGUGUGUCCGUCGGCGGUAAUGUGUUCCCCACCGGUAAGCCGAUAGCGACGGAACGCGGUAUCAAUGACUAUUCGCCGAUCAAUGCGGCAAACAACAAUCUAAUACAGAUCGAUAUUGACCCAAGUAAUCCUUUCAAUCGGAAGAGUCCGACGCCUUUACUGAAGAAUCUUUCCUACUGUCAUUACGUCGCUAACAGUAACUGGAAUCAGAAAGGUUCUCAGCAAAGUUUGCUCAGUCCUGCCUCCCAUAGCGAUCAUAGCGAUUUGGAAAAAAAUGCCCUUAAUUUAGGCAUUCCGCAUAUCGAAACUGGUCGGGAUCAACCAUACGCUCAACAAUGUACCUACACCGCAGCGCCGCAGAAAGCCUCUAGCAUUGCAACGAUAUCGUCGUAUGCGCCUCGGCGAACUACGGUAGCGUCGAACCCUUCAAAAAUGCCAAUGAGUCUAGAGGAUUUGGAAGAUCUGUUGAACUACGCCGAUGAGCAGAAACAACCUUCCAUCGGUGGUGAAUGUGUGCCCGACCACAGUGGCACCAUUGGUGGUGUCGUAGCUGGUGAGUCUGGUAAUAAAGUGAACGCGAAACCUUUGCUUGUGUCUAACGGCAGCAGCGUUUCGAUCGGCCAAAUUUCGAACAUUUGCAGUUCGGGAUAUCAGAGCAUCCCUAAUCAAUCGGCAUGCUCGAGCCCCGGGGAAUUGGCUGGGCAGCAGCGAAUAGAAUAUAUUACCACCAAAGCACCACCGCCACGCAAACUAACGACCACCCUUAUUGGCUACAACACCGGAAAUGGUGUUGAUUUAUGCUUGAACGAGCUUGCAACCACCAAAGCAGAAUUGCCGACAUCCAGUAUUAACUUGCAGCUGUUUAAUGAUAGCGACCACCAAGCCACCACCACCUCACACAUCACCGAUCGUCGCGAUAUCGACCACGAAAUGCCAUAUCAACAAAGCAACGUAAGCAGAAUUUUAAACAACAACUACGUUGACAGCUCAUAUGAUGUCAUAUCGUCGUUUAAAAGUCCCCUCUCUGGCAAUGCAACGGUAAACUCCAUCCACAACAGUCCAGCAAAGGUGCUGAAUGUUCAGCGCAUUGGUCAACCAGAUACUGUCGAAUUCUUUGGGACCACCGGGCGAUCCAAUCAGCAGCAAGCGCACCAUAAACGAAACAUUAUGCACGGUAUGCGCAGCUGUGGCGAUAGUAUACAAAGCGAGUCCAGUAGUGACGAACGUUUCAGUAACACUACAUCGGAAAACUACAACGAGCUUGACUCACUGACCACAGCUAAUGUGUCUUCAAUGGAACGCGAUUGCGUUUCGAUCAAUCAAGGCAACGAUUAUGAACCGAUAGCGACUGGUUUGUACGGGCGCCGUAUAGGAAGCAAUCGAAUGCCGCGAACAAAUCCUAUGAUGCAGUACAAAAAGGAUGACAGCCCAACGGAGGUUGUUGGUCAUGCCAUGGGUGGCAGUAUUGCUGUUGGUUUUCAGAAUGGACAGCGAGACCACACCUUCGCAACCCGUCAUCAUCGGCGCCUUUCGCUGGAAUGUGCCCGGACGCUGUCUGAUAGCUCUACGGACGAAACCGAAAGUGGUAACACACGGUCACCACCAUACAAUUCGAACCAUCAUCAUCACAUGCAGCAUCACGUUACCGGCUGCAGCACCGCACAACAUCACAACCUCCGAGAAAGCGACACCAAACGGCGACGCAAUACCAACAAAUCGGUAGAACAGUGCGAGCGAGAAAUUCAACGACUACAAGCAUCGUUGGACUCAAUGCGCCAAAAGUUGGAAAUGUCUGAACCACCGGCGGAAGGAAGCACGGACAAGCGGGAAGCAGUUGCGGCGCACAGCGACAGCAAGAUUCGUAGCAUCAUUGGAAGGUUGCUUACCAUGGAAGAGGAACUGCGACAAGAGCAGUACAAAAUGUCUCUGGUAUUGUCCCACAAGCAGCGAGUCAUCGAAGCACAAGGACAACAAAUCGCUGCCCUGGAUGCGGCCAACAAUCGGCUGCUGUCUGCAUUGUCCACCCUUCAGAACCGAUACGAAAGUCAAUCAAAUCAAAGUGAUGAUACAUCAUCGUCGCAUCCUAACGCGGGUGCUUCCUCGUGUUGAAGGUCCACGGAGACACACCAUUAUUGGCGGCGCGCACAUGGGUUUUGUAGCAGAGCGUUGAUGUUUUGUAUAAUGUUCAGUUUUUUUUUUACAAAUGAGAUGCUCUCUAACAUUGUCUAAGCUGUUGUUCAUUUAAGGGUUAUACUGUACGAAUGCCGCCCGCCUUAGAAGUUUGUCUUUUUUUUCUAUUUUAUUUCCUAGCAGCCGUCAGUUGGCCGGGCAGCAUGACAUAGACACUGUCGCAUAGUUUGCUAACAUUGUUAGCGGCCGUCGCUGAUUGUAAUAGAAUGUAAGAGAAUAUUUUACCAAAGUAUCGAAAUAGAUAUUGUAAAGGGAUCUGUUUCUUUCACU